AUGCUGCGAACGGAGGGGCUGAUCGAAUCGAAGCCAGAUUCAGCGGGCGCCUUUGACCAGUUCACGCUGACUUUCUUCAGACUAUGCUGUGAUUACGAGUCUGGUGGCCUUUCGCCCGCUGCAACCAUCUUAACGGCUCUCAAGUCUCAAAUAUCGAUUCCAAUUCACGUGAUGAUUCGCCCACACUCAGAAGGUUUCUGUUACAAUGACGAAUCCUUCGAGGCCAUGAAAACGACAUUGGUCGCUUUGAAGAAUCUCGGGGCCGAUGGAUUUGUUUUCGGCAUUCUCGGUCCAGUUUCUGAAAGCCUCUCGCAGGAUAUGUCACCGUGGAUUGAUGUCUCAAGGAACAAGGAGCUUGUCCAGCUUGCAGAAGGGAAACCGUGUACUUUUCAUCGAGCCUUUGAUUGCAUUCCGGAAUCCCACUGGGACAUGGCAUUAGCCGACAUAGCGAAGUGCGGUUUUGCGUCAAUUCUCACCAGUGGAGGUCCAUCAAGCGACAAGGCAAUCGACUGCGUCGGCAAACUAGCUGAACUUGGCCAACGGCUUGAUCUACUGCGAUUUUGUUCUUCAAAAUCAUGCGAAUUUCCCGAGAUCAUCGUUGGUGGGGGGUGA